CCGACGUCAGUGCUUAGCGCGAGCGAUAACGCGGAGUCGGUUGGAAAAAGAGAGACGUCUUACCGGAAGGAAUAGUCGGCAAAAAGGUGGAAAUGGGGGACAGACUUCCGUUGGCCGCGGCGGCGGCCACGGUAUUUCCCAACCUGGGCGGAUGGGCGGGUGCCUACAUCACCAGGAAGAACCUGAACCCCUGGUACCAGGGCCUGAAGAAGCCCUCCUGGACGCCGCCCAACUGGACAUUCGGUCCGGUGUGGACGGGCCUUUACUGCACCAUGGGUUAUUCGUCCUAUUUAGUGUGGAGAGACGCAGGAGGCCUCGAGGAGGCCGCAUUGCCAUUAUCAGUAUACGGAGUUAACGUGGCGCUAAACUGGGCAUGGACUCCGCUCUUCUUCGGGGCACACAACGUGAAAUGGGCCCUGUACGAGAUCCUCGCCCUGUGGGGCUCGACCGCAGCUCUGGGAAUAGUGUUCUACAGAGUUAACUCCGUCGCCGGUUACCUGAUGAUCCCGUACCUGGCAUGGAACACGCUUGCCGUGGCCUUGAACUACGUUAUCUAUCGAGAUAAUCGGUUGGAGUCAAAGGAAAGCGAAGGGAAAAAUGAGUGAGCUCUCCUCCAAGGACUCCAAGUACUUACGUAAAAGCGACCAAGGAUCAAAGGGUAACACUCUUCGGAAAGUACCAGCCGCCGUACGAAGGAGUGACGCCAGCUUUCGAAAUUUCCAACCCGUGCUAACGAGUGGCCUUAGGGAAACUGACCGACAUGUGCGCAAGAUAUUCCGUUAGUAUACACGUGUUUAUUUAAUCGAUACGAAAUAAAAGUUAGUUAAUCGAC